CCAGACGACGGCCCGCCGCCAUCACACUCUUCCCCAGCCGGCAGCACCGUCUGCCGACCCCGCGGCCGACCGCAGGGCUCCAAGAACAAGCCGAAGCCUCCGAUUAUCGUCAAGCGGGACUCCCCCGACGUCCUGCGCUCACACGUGCUUGAGGUCGUCGACGGCGCCGACGUCCUCGAGUGCGUCACGGAGUACACCCACCGGCGAGGGAGGUGGGUCACCGUGCUCAGCGGCGCCGGUUCCCUGGCCAGCGUGGCGCUCCGCCCUGCCUUGCCGGGGAGCGCUGUGGUCACGCUGCGCGGCCCGUUCGAGAUCCUCUCGCGCGGUGGGACCGUCCUCCCACCGCCGGCGCCACCAGGCGCCGGCGGCCUUACCGUGUUCUUGGCUGGGAGCCAGGGGCAGGUGGUCGGCGGCGUCGUCACAGGGCCGCUGGUGGCCACGGGAUCAGUGGUGCUCAUGGUGGCGAGCUUCGCCACUGCAGUCUACGAGCGGUUGACGCUGGAAGGCGCUGAGGGUGAGGAGCGUGAGCCGGUUGCCGCGGCAGGCGGAACGGGAGGCUGCGACGUCGGCGCCACCGGCGGAAGGAGCAGCACUCAAUUCCGUAACUCAAAUUCCUACCAGCUCCUAAAUGACGUCUUUGGCUGGGGAACUGGAACCGGUGGAGUCCGACCGCAAUUUUAACUCUCUGCAAAUUCUUCGUUAGAUUCUACGAUCUGUAUCUUCUCCUUCUACGUGGAGAAAUAUUUGGAGAUUUUAAAUCACAUCGAAUC